UUUUUUUUUAUCAGAUCAAGUCAUGGCCAUCAGGGGGUAGUACAAUGCAGCCCUUGCAUACUAUUUAAGCUUCAGAAAGGAUAUCCAGGUCAUAAUGGAAAUAUUUCCAACUAAUUCCAUUUUUCCAAACCGGAGAUAAAACUAGGUAAUGCCGUUGACGGGUUUAGUACAUGCUUUAUAAUCGGCCAAGUUAUAAAUAUCGUUUCAAGUUAUUAAUACUUUCAAGUUGCAUUCUAUAAAGAACUUUUGCUUCCAUCUAUUACGUAUAUGCCCUCAUGUUCUCUCGAGUCUCUUCGAAAUUACGCCCAGCAUUUACUAGCAAACUAACAGCAUUCCCUUUCGCAACAGCGAAAAGUAACAGGCUAUCCUCGUCAUAGAACCAUGACGACCUAUACCCUCAACUCUACUGUCAAGCUUAACAGCGGCUAUGAGAUCCCUCGGCUAGGAUUUGGAGUAUACCAAACUCCGUUAGAAGUGACCGAAAAAUGCUGCCUGGAAGCUUUCAAGGCUGGCUACCGCCACAUCGAUUCGGCCGCUGCAUACCGGAAUGAAGCCGGUUGCGGUGAUGCCAUGCGAUCCAGCAAACUUCCACGAUCUGAAAUCUUUUUCACGUCCAAGAUUCCACCCAAGGAAAUAGGCUACGAAAAGACCAAGCAACAGAUCGAGACAAGCCUGAAAACCUCGGGCCUAGACUACAUCGAUCUCAUGCUCAUUCAUGCGCCGUACGGUGGAUCGAAAGCUCGGAAGGACAGUUGGAAGGCACUCGUCGAAGCCGUCGAGGAAGGCAAGAUUCGUAGUAUUGGGAUUAGCAACUACGGCAUCCAUCACUUGGACGAGCUAGAGAAGCAUAUUGCGGAGCUUGAGGCAGAACGUGGCGGCAAAGGUAAAGGUGGAGUCAUCUCGGUCGGCCAGUGGGAAGUCCAUCCGUGGUGCCCCCGUAACGACAUUGUCCAAUGGUGUACUAAGCGCAACAUCGCCGUUGAGGCAUACGCUCCCGUUGUGCGUGGAGAACGAUUCGGAGAGAAGGCUCUGGUGAGUCUGGCCCAGAAGUACGGCAAGACUGAGGCCCAAAUCUUGCUCCGAUGGAGCUUGCAGAAAGGCUACGUUUUGCUUCCCAAGAGUGUCACACCUUCCAGGAUUAGGGAGAACGCUGCUAUCUUCGACUUUGAGAUCUCUAAGGAGGAUUUGGAGCAGCUGGAGACUAACGAGUAUGCUCCUGUGUGCUGGGAUCCCGUUAAAGCCGGUCUGGACGACUAAGUUUCUCUGAAAAAUAAAAUGGGCAAGGGUGGCAUGAUUCUGCUUCACCUUGAAUUAGAGCGCUAUCUAUACGUCAAGCAAUACUAAUGGAGAUAUCCAGAUCCUAUACCUGUAUGAUUCCACCUACUGGUAUUUGCCAGGUCUUUGAGUGUCGUUUUUAAUUUACCCAGUGUCUUGAACGACAAGUA